AUGCGUAUUUAUCUUUACUCUUCCCUUGCGACAGUCGCUCAAGCCUUCGCAGCAGUAGAAGUAGCUGACCAAUGCCAUGAUUACUGUCGAGAGAUCUUCGGAAGCGACUCCUACUGCCGGUACCACAACGAUCGAUACUACUGCCGAGGCGGUCUCCCUUCAACCUCUCCUUGCGUGCCUCGCGUCGAUUGUGCCAUAGAGGGACCUGUGUCUGGUUCGGCUACUGCGCCCUUUUCUUCAUCUAUUGACGAACCGAUCAGAGAGGAACCCGCCCCAGCGCAUGUCCAAGGCUCGAGUGGACUGACGGGCUGUGAUAACUAUUGCCAAGAGCUGAAUCCUGGUGUCGUCACAUACUGCAAGCUGUUCUCAUCUCCACCGAGAUGCAAGCACGGUAGUCAGCUGUGCCGACCGAACCAGGAGUGCACCACAGGCUACUAUAACCCGUCGGCACCAUCUGACCAACGGGUGGCGAAGAAGAUGUGUUUUGGUGGACAGAAUGGCCCUCUGGACUGUACAGCAAAGCGCAGUGGACCGAGUAAGGUGGUUCGAGUCAAGGAGUCCUCUUGGUCUGCCGGUGUAUACUAUCAGCGACUGCUGCGUCUCCUGACCUCCAACUGUGCAUACAUGCGCGUCACCAAACUCAUCCUUCGAGUGCUACAUCCCCAAUUCCCUCCCGGUGUCUCAUCCAGCGAUAGGCUAUGGUAUCCAGACGGCGAUGUUACGAAGAGUAUCAUGUACACCGAGCUCCUCACAAAGCUUGGUGGUACAAGUGUUCGUGAAGUGUUUAUGCUCCCCUACGUCUUCGAUGAGGUCUCAAGAGAGGGAUGGUUGAGCAUUGCCCCGACGAAGGGAAAAGUUAUGUCUGGCGUUUUCCAUCUAUUGAAGGAGUAUAACGCUAAAUUAUCGUCUAUCCAGUUCUCGGGAAUUACAGUCGACUACGAGGAGAUGAAGCAUGUCCCAACUGAAUAUGAUCUGUUCUGGGAUCCCCAAGGUGAAGCAGAUUUCAAGGACGGGACAAACUUCGAAGUUGGCGUUGCCAUCGGUUUUGAUCAAGUCGGUAGAUUCAAGGAGUGGCCUUGGGUCAAUAACUUGUAUCUGGAGAUGUAUGAUUUCUUCCGUCCUACUGCUUAUAUCAGUCAAACGGCCAAUUCGAGGUUCCUAUUGUACAAGAAUAAGGCUAGCAAGAUGGUCAACUAUGUGGUUAACGAGGCCGUCGACAAGGUCGUCCAGGCAGCUUAUGCGGACCAUCGAAGCCGCGCUCACCUUAUGUGGUCGUUGCAACAUCAGGAUGAUGGAUGUGUGUACCCACUGAACUCGGGUAAGUGCGGUUAUAACAACGAGUUCGGCUCUUGGAAUCCUGCACCCUUCAACGAGUUCCUUCGUCUCAUCAAGAGCAAACUACCCCAUAAGUCACAGGGAGUGUAUCACUAUGACUUCCUGCCGUAUUCAAUGAUCCCCGAAGAUAUGCACCAGUGUCUGAGUAAUGGUUGUUCCUAA